CAAGUCUGAGUGAUUCAGAUCUUCAUCAGGGUCACCCCUGACAACUGGUGGUAGGAGGGAGCAUGACCUGGUCUUCCUCCUGUCUGGGACGCCUGCAGGGCCAGGCCUGGGUGAAAUCCCCUCAGUUCCUGCUGUGACUCCCCAUCCUGGCUGGGUGCUCCAAGACAUGGCCGACACCAUCUUCGGCAGUGGGAGUGGUCGCUGGGUGUGCCCCAACGAUAGGCAGCUUGCUCUGCGGGCCAAGCUGCAGACAGGCUGGUCUGUGCACACCCACCAGACAGAGAAGCAGAGGAGGAGCCAGUGCCUCAGCCCGGCCGAGGUGGAGGCCAUCCUGCAGGUCAUCCAGAGGGCCGAGCGGCUGGACGUCAUGGAGCAGCAGAGAAUCGGGCGGCUGGUGGAGCGGCUGGAGACCAUGAGGCGGAAUGUGAUGGGGAACGGCCUCUCCCAGUGUCUGCUGUGCGGGGAGGUGCUGGGCUUCCUGGGCAGCUCCUCGGUGUUUUGCAAAGACUGCAGGAAGAAAGUCUGCACCAAGUGUGGGAUCGAGGCCUCCCCUGGCCAGAAGCGGCCCCUGUGGCUAUGCAAGAUCUGCAGUGAGCAGAGAGAGGUCUGGAAGAGGUCGGGGGCCUGGUUCUACAAAGGGCUCCCCAAGUACAUCCUGCCCCUGAAGACCCCUGGCCUGGCUGAUGACCCCCACUUCCGGCCUUUGCCAGUGGAGCCAGCCCAGCAAGAGCCCAGAAGCACUGAGAUCAGUCGAGUCUACACGUGGGCCCGAGGGAGAGCAGUUUCCAGUGACAGUGACAGCGAUUCAGAUCUCAGUUCCUCCAGCCUGGAGGACAGACUCCCUCCCGGUGGGAUCAGGGACCCCAAAGACGACAAGCCCUGGGGGGAAUCAGGUGGCAGCCUGGAGUCCCCAAAGAUGGGGCUCACCCGCCCACCCAGCCACCUCUCAGGGAGCCUGAGCAGCCUGGCCAGCGAGCCUGGGAUGGGCUCCACAGAUGCACAGGGGGGCCCCCACCCUGGCCACACCCGAAGGGCCCCAGUGAGUACCUUCUAACUCACCACCCCCUCU